GGAAGCCAUGGUCCUUGCAAGCAACGCAGUCUUGUUGCGCUUCCAAAAUUUCACAGGAAAACAACAGAAAUUUUGUUAAGAACAAUGGAUUUAGACUUUUCGAGGAGUAGGUGAAUCAAAAAACGAAAAUUGCGAAAGAAUUGGUUCAAUAUCCAGUUGGCAUAGUAUGAAGUUGUGUCGGUGGAAGAAAGGAGAAACGCUGCAGUUGGUAACGCCACUGUCGCGUUGCCUGAUGGGCCUCCUCCUCCUCAUCCCAUAGAGUUGGACUGGCGACGCCUCCAUUUCCUCACCUCGGCUGUGUACUUGCACCAAUCUGCAGGACCUGUCCUGCCUCCCUUUGCAGUCGCCGUGAGGACCCAGCUCGGAUGCGUAUGUUGCUGAGCCCAGCUCGCACCUCAUUGCGAAGUGGUGGUGGCCUUCAUUCCUCACGUCUCCUCGUGAGACUGAGACGGGCGCGCCAGUACAUGGGGGCAUGCAAGGAGUGCGGUUUUGGUUUGUAUUUGGGGUUUCGAGGUUCGGGUCUCGGAUGCGGUGAUCAGAAGUGGCGCCUGCCGGAGUUGGUAAUGGGAUGGGUAUGAGGACAUGGAUUGGGAGUGUGGGAUGCAGAGCAGGUUCAGGGGAGAGAAUUCGGAGGCUUUUCGUCCAUUCGGUGUGGAUAGUGAGAAGAGUUUUCUGAGGUAGUUUUCUGCUUCUUUUUCUUCGUAUGGAGGUCCAAUCGGGGAGCUCUUGCAUUUUGGGUUUUAAUCGAAAGUUGGUAGCGCAGAGUUUCGGUUCGGAUGGAUCGUGGCGAUGGAUUUAGAUCAGUGCCGCAGUUGUUGCAUUCCACGCAUGGGUAUCGAGGCUCUAUAGUGUAGUACCCGGAGAAUCGAAGUGCGAGCGUGAGGGUAAGGUGGUGUUGAGAGUUAGGACAUUAGUCAGACCACUGUAAUGGCGGCAGCAAAGCCCUCUGUAAGAUCCCGGAACCUCGGUCCAUCGUCCAGGGCGCCACCUCCACCGAAUGGGAGGUCUACUUAUGAUGCUUACCGCGAUGAGCAGGAAAGAGAUUAUGGGAAGAAGGAUGUCAGUUCAAAGUGCUCCGCAGACCCUUACAAAGGACAAUCCUUGGGCGAGAAGGACAUUCGGAGGAUGUGUGAGGAGCUCAUGGACUUGCAGAAGAUACAUCAAGACGACAUGAGAAAAAGUGUGUUUCAAAAUUACACUGUAUUUAUCAGUACAUCGAAAGAAAUUUCAGACCUAGAGGGCGAGAUCACGGCCAUGAGUAAUUUACUCCACUCCCAGGCAGCUCUGGUCCGCACUGUAGCUAAAAGUGCGGCUUCAAUACUGUUAACCUCGUCUGGUGGCACUCUUGCAAAGGACUAUCACCAAGACGACUCAGAACUCACAGAUGCGGUGAAGCGAACAGAACUUCUCCCGGAUAUGUUGGACAUGCUCCUGGCAGAAAGGAAGGUGGAUGAAGCACUUGCUUUGCUUGGUGAAGGUGAGUCUCUGGUGUCAGAGUUCGUCGAUGGAAACGGCGGAGCUGAGGGUUUGAAUGAAUAUGUUAUCAAGCAGUUAGAAAAUGCUUUGGCAGAGCGUAAAGCAAGGUUGGCUGCUUAUUUAUCCGAAGCAGUGCAACAACCUACUGUCAGAGGAUUGGAGCUCAGGUCUGCAAUUUCUGCUUUAAACAAAUUAGGUGAUGGGUCCAGGGCACACACGCUCUUGUUGCAAUCCCACGAGGAUAGGUUGAAGCACAACAUGAAUUCUCUGCGACAGAGCGGAGCCUCUUACGGAGGUGUUUACACAACUGCCGUUUCACAGUUGGUCUUUUCUGCUAUAGCUCAGGCUUCAAGGGAUUCAGCGACUGUGUUUGGUGAGUUACCUUCAUAUGCCUCUGAGCUGGUCCUCUGGGCGAGGCAGAUUACUGAAAUGUGCGCUGCUGUUAUCAAACGAAAUGUGUUGCUGACAUCUGCAGCAGCCGGGGGACUGCGAGCAGCUGUUGAAUGUGCUCAAAUUGCUUUUGGACAUUGUGCAUUGCUGGAAGAUCGGGGAUUGACACUGUGUCCUACGCUCUCGAAGCUCAUACGACCCAGUGUAGAACAGGCCACGAAAGCGAAUUUGAUGAGCAUAAUUGAAAGUGUGGACUCAUUGGCUGUAGCUGACAGCUGGACUGUGGAUACUUCCCCUCAACGGGGAUUACGAGGAUCAAAUAUCACAUUGACCACCAGUGGCCAUCGUUUCUUAUACCUGGUGCAGGAUUUUCUGGAAGAUAUGCCACCUCUUGUCAGCAUUCAGUUGGGAGGAGCAGCCCUUGAGGGUGUAGCUGCUAUUUUCGAGCAAUAUAUCGAUAUUCUUAUUAAGGCACUCCCUGGCCAAGAGCACGAGGAGGAAGGCAAACGGAAGGUUCGGGUGGCUUCUAACGAGGAACAGCAGUUGUUACUACUGGGAAAUGCUACAAGUCUUGCUGACGAGAUCGUGGCAAUCGCAGCUUCUCAAAUUUUUCCAGGUGGCUCACAAGUUUUAGAUUACAAGGCUCCCCGCUCCACUACAGUGGCAGCCCGGUCACCUGAACUCAAAGACCUGCGGCGCCUGCUUCAGACUCACGUGGAGAAACUAAAAUUUUAUCUCUGCAAUGAAAUAAUUAUAGGCUUAUGUUAUGAUGAGUAUGGAAGCAAGCUAAGUGCAGCAACUUAUUUCCAGAUUGAUUCCGACAUGCCCAGAUGGCAGGAUGGCCCCAUGCCAACAGCGCUUUUCCAGUCCUUGUUUCACAAGCUUAUAUCUAUCCAGCAAAUAGCUGGGGAUGUGCUAGCUGGGAAGGAGCGGGUGACACAGCUGUUCCUCAUACGUCUUACUGAGACGUUUGUAAAAGCAUUGAGCACUAGUCCCGAACUUUGGGAGAUGAUUGAAGAGGAGCCAGGCAACCUAGGACCUCUUGGCUUUCAGCAAUUUCUUCUGGACAUGCAGUUCCUUGCUCUGGUUGCAAAGAAUGCGGGAUUUUUGUCAAGGAAUGUGAAUCAAGCCAUCUCGCAGGAAGAGGAGCGAAUGAAGGAAACAUAUAUUAUCGGUGGUGCUGACCUUGAGAGUGUCUUGCCGGAUCCCGAAUGGCUACAGGGUGCAGUCCUCGACAAUUUCAACAAUCUUAUGGAUCAGUGGAGAGACAGGAUUGGUUUUGCACCUCGGGAUGUCAGUGAUAUUCAGUCUGUGUCAUCAAUGCGUUCAGAAUGAGGUGUAAGGACUGAGAAAGUCCAAGUCUAUGUACUCGCGUACAUAUAAUCACGUCUCCUGAGUCUCGAAGACGGCGCUCCUGGAGGCUUGUUUCGAUGACCAUCAGAUACAAUUCACUUCUGGUAUCAGUGCAUCUUUGCUGCCGUAAAGCUUCGGAAUGAGUAGAGAUGGAAUUCCUUGGUAUUGCUGGAAGAAGGAUUAAGAAACUAAACGCGAAAGACGUUGUAGGCAUUCGCUUUCAUGUCUUAAAAGCUCAAGUCUUUGCUGCCAUCACUCCUUAAUUGUGAACACCAGAAAAGUGCUCUGAUGGUCGAUUCUUUAUCCUUCUCUUUAAGGUUAGCUAUUGGAUGGUCAGGUUUGAUGUUGGUAUCAAUAGAAAGUACUUUUUCGCCACUCGGGUGAGAUGUUCGUGGCGCGGAGGACUACAAGGAGUGGCGAAAGGGGCUCAAGAUACUCUAAAUUCCUCACCGUACAUUGAUGGUCUAGUAAGUUCUCCAGCAUUUCCUGCAAUUAGGCAGUACCAACUUCUAAAAGUAUUCGUAUGAUGGAAACACUGUCGUGUUCACAUGAUUGCAUGGUAUAACUUACGUUGUUUAUUUACACCUAAGUUUCAUUCUUCUGCUUUUCUGCGGCAGGCUGUCAGGAGAACUAUACACACAAGCUCUUCCAUGUCUCUGUAGAGAAGUUUGCGCUACUAGUAUGUGUUUAUUCAGUAACAGUGACCCACAUGUGCAUAAGUCAUUUCAAUGCUUAUCUACGUACCAUCAAUUUCUACAUGCAUUAGAGUUAGUGAACUACAGCUUGACUGUUAGUAGGUUGUAAGGGUCUACAUUCCGUGCCUAGAUGAGGUAACUACAACACAAGAAUGCUGUAUCACGUAAUGAAUUAUUUAACUCAUUUGCAAAUGAACUUGUUGUUGUAACUAGAGUUUUGAGAUGUUCCAAUCUAUACGCUUAUGUCAAGUGAAGUUAAGUCAUUACUCUUCUUUACGAGAGACUAGCAAACUAGUGACUUGGAAGUUUCAAAAGUUUCGGAAGCAGGGAUUCUACUCGUUUCGAACAUAGGCGAUAUUUUAAAGAAAACUUAUUGAUUGAUUGGUAUUAGGAGCUUAGCUGUACUGUUCAAAAAUCAAUAUUCAUUCAUUUUGAAAAUAAUAAAGUUUAGCUUGA